UCGAAGCACUGUGCGUCGUCGUCUAGAGGGACGAUCGGCGACAAGAGAGAUAGAUCUUUGUUUUUGUAGGCGGCUGACAAAAACGCAGUAUUCCUAAUUUUUUUGUACUGUUUAUUUUUUAAUAAACACUUGUUUUUCGAUUUCUUGUUUCAUUUGGAAACACUAGUACACAUCUAAAAGUUAGAUACAAUCCACCAACAAAGUUUAAACAUAUUUUGGUCCAUCGAGCCGGAUCUUUUGUCAUUAAAAGCAAUUAAUGAAAGUUUGGUCGCCAUUUUGUAUGCAUAAGUGCCUGCCCAGAAGAAGACGCCAAAGUGAGUAAUCCUUUAUUUUCCUAGUUUCCCACAUUAUUAUCGAUACUCCUGAUAUCCUUUUACAGGGCGGUCACAAUUUGUGCACGUAAUUGUAGUUUUUUUUAAUCGCAUUUUACUCAAUCGCUAAAUAAUCAUGCAAGAAUUAGAUAAGCUAAUUCGUAAACGGGGUAGUAUCAAAGCAAAAGUAACUAUUUUUUCUAAAUUUGUUGACCAAAUAAUAGCUCAAUUUCCGGACUUCCUCAUCACACAGCUUAAUUUACUUAAUGAAUUAGAAGAAAGAAUUGAACGAUUUGCAUCUGUACUAGACGAGUUUGAACAAAUACAGAUGGAAAUUGAUCAAUUUUCGCCCGAUAUCGAUGCGCAAUUUAAAGAAAGGGAGAACUUCGACCGGGAGUUUCAUUCCGUUCUGGGAAAAGCCAAAAAGUUUCGCAACAAAUCCGCCGUCGCCGCCGCCGGUGCCGAUCCUAGUUAUUCGAGCGAAGCGGGAGGUAGUGUGCAUUCCGUAAGGUCUGCCACCGGCGCGGGUUUGACUAGUAAUGUAAGGUUACCAGGACUGUGCGGAUUUUCUAAAAUUGAGCGUCAACGACCGUCUGAAUCGCGUAAAAAAGAAGAGGUUGUGCAUUAAUUGUUUGCGACCGGGACAUUUAGUAAAACAAUGUCGUUCUAGCUCCUGCAAAACUUGUAAAGGUCGUCACAACAACCUUUUGCAUUUUUCUAACACUAUCAAAGAUAGUCAGGAAAAGGAGAAAUCAAAUUCGGAAAGUAUAGUUUGUUCCGCACAAAACUCAAUUUUCAAAAAUCAGGUUUUGUUAUCAACAGUUUCCGUUCGUAUAUUUGAUAAUAAUAACAAAAUGCAUAUAGCACGAGCUUUACUAGACUCAGGGAGUCAAAGUAGCUUUAUUACUGCCAGUUUCGCAAAAAGAUUAAAUCUAGAUUUAUCGCAUAUUGAUAUAAAGGUUUGUGGUUUAAAUCAAGCCGAGUCAACAGUUAAACACAAAACUACUUUGGUUAUUCAUUCAUGUCACAACAAUUUUAGUACCGAAGUUUCAUGUCUAGUAGUGCCUCAGAUUGCUGGUACAUUACCCAACUUUCCUGUUGACUACAAUUCUUUGCAAAUUCCUGGCCAUUUAGAACUGGCAGAUCUAGACUUUUGUAAGCCGGGGAAAAUAGAUAUUCUUUUAAGCGCUGAUCAAUUUUGGUAUCUCAUAUGUGUAGGGCAAGUAAAACAAGCAAACCGCGGUGCUAUUCUGCAGAAAACCAAGUUAGGGUGGAUCAUCUCUGGUUCUGUUAGUUUGAAGUCACCAAAGAUUGUCCAGUAUAAUUUUUUACUAAUUUUAAUAUUGACAAACAACUCUCGCGAUUUUGGGAGAUCGAGAAAGUUUCUACUUCAAGGCCCUUGUCCCAAGAAGAAAAAAAUUGUGAAUCACAUUUUGUAGAAACGGUUCAUCGAACCGACUCCGGUCAAUUUAUUGUGACGAUUCCUUUGAAGGAGGAUCCUGAGGUUCGUGGAGAUUCGUAUUACAACGCGAAAAAGCGACUUUUAUCUUUAGAGCGUAAAUUUAAAUGUAAGCCGGAUUUUAAAAAGAAUAUGUCAAAUUUAUAAACGAAUAUCUCGCGCUGGGGCACAUGUCAAAGGUCGGUGAUGAAGAUUCGCGAAAGUCAUAUUUUCUACCUCAUCAUGGUGUUACUAAUGGCCGUACCUAUAGUCCGAUCUCAAUCUCAGACUUGAGUCGAACUUAGCCAGGCCUUACUCAAGACUUGAGAUUCCGUCUCUACUAUAGUCAAACCUUCGGGUAUUCUCGGCGAAGCAAAGUUUGAGCAAGCGAUGUCUAGUAACAUUUGUUUUUUUUAGUAACAAUUCUAGUGAUUUUUGAAAUGUAACAUUUGAAACACUGCGUAAACAUAACCAAUUUUUUAUAAUUUUCCAACUCGUCUUUUUACUUUUGUCUGCCUUUUCCUGUGUGUUUCUGAUUUUGAUUGUGUUUUGCCGUUUUUGUUAUAAUUAUAAAUGGAUCAAGUCACGAUUUUGACGAUUUCCGAGAGUAUCUCGACUAUUUGGAAGAGGUAGUCGAAAAUGAAAGAGUGCCCAAAAGGUAUAUUCGAGAUGCCGAAAAUCGUAUUGACUUUUACAAUGACAAAGAUUUUCGAUACCGAUACCGUUUUUCAAAAGCUAUUGUUCUGGAGGUUAUACUACCACGCAUUAUACAUCGUUUAGUACGAGUUAAUAACCGAGGCUUACCCAUAUCACCCUUAAUACAGCUAUUAACUUGUUUACGCUAUUAUGGAACAGGAAAUUUUCAGUGGGGAUUUACGAGGAAUAAGUCAACAAUCGGUAUCCCUUAGAAUAAGAAUGAUUUCGAAGGAAAUAUGUAGGCUUUUGCCUGAAUAUAUUCAGCAUCCUGGCUUAGAACAAAAGCGACGAAACGUACGAUUGUUUCAGGCAAUAGCUGGAUUUCCUGGGGUGGCAGCAUGCAUAGAUUGUACACACAUAAAAAUCGUUAGCCCAGGAGGCGAUAAUGCUGAAGUUUUCAGAAAUCGCAAAGGCAUCUUCUCCUUGAAUGUUCAAGUUGCAGUUGGUCCUCAGAUGGAAAUGUUGGAUAUUGUUGUCAGACAUCCCGGAUCAGCUCAUGACAGUGUAAUCUUCGAUAGAAGUGCUCUUCGAGUAUUUUGUGAAAGAGGACAAAUGGGUGGCUUUCUUUUGGGGGAUAAUGGAUAUCCUUGUCGACCAUACUUGCUGACACCAGUAAUUCAUCCAGGUAAUGUACGUGAUGAACGCUACAACAGAGCUCACAAGAGUACAAGAAACAUUGUUGAACGUGUGUUUGGUGUUUAUAAACGAAGGUUUCCAUGCUUGUAUAGAGGUCUGACAACAAAAUUAGAAACAACCCAAGCAAUAAUUUGUGCUACAGCAACUUUAUAUAAUUUAGGUGUAAAAUGUAAAGACAACUUUAUUUUUGAGGACGAGGUGGCUGAGAAUAUAGAUGAUGAUAUUGGCAAUAUUAAUGUUCCGUUGGAUCAGUUAGGGUUAGGUUUUAGAAAUGAAUUUAUACAAAAUCAUUUUUAGUAUUAUUUUUGUUUGCUAAUAGCACUGGUAGUAUAUUCAACCAGUGUUUUUUUUUAAAUAUUAAUUGUAGUAAGAAUGUGUUGGUUUUAAAAUUUCCUUAUGCUUUUUAUAAAUAUGUUAUAAGCAUUACUUUAAUUUGUGUUUAAAUUUUUGUGGUUAAAAUGAUGAU